AUGGUGCGCGCUAUUCGAGGAGUGCUGGUCGAGUGCGACCCGGCUAUCAAGUCCAUCAUCGUGAACAUUGACAGCCAGAACCACGACUACAUUAUUGAGGAGCUCGACGAGCAGCGCCUCGUGGUAAAGGAGAAUAUGAUGGUGUCGCUCAAGACAAAGCUGGAUGACCGUCUAAAGGAAACCACACAACAGGAGGACGAAGAGUCGGACUCGAACUAG